UGUACAACGGAAGAACUGUCAAACCGGUGUCAAAUGAACAAAAUGCAGUAUUUUGAAUGUCUUCUGUGUAUAUAAUAUAAUUUUAGAAUAUUUGGGCUAGAAAAUAUAUAAUAAGUUCGUAUCUAUGAUAAUAUUGACUGGAACACUAAUAUAGAAAUUUAGGUACAAAUUGUAAGCUUACUAUUAGUGUGCCAUAUAAAUUCAUUGCUCAAGAAUGGCUGAUGAAGAAGAUCCAAAAGAAUAUCGGUGGGAGUCUGGAUAUGAAAAGACUUGGGAGGCAAUUAAAGAAGAUGAUGAUGGUUUGGUGGAAGGAUCUAUUGCAGACAUCAUACAGAAAGCAAAAAGGCAGCGACAGGCAGCACGAGUUGGCCAUUCAAGAUUGGGAAUGAUGAGACAUUUAUAUAUUAUAAUUGAUUGUUCAGAUUCAAUGAAUAUACAGGAUCUUAAACCAACAAGACUACUUUGCACAUUAAAAGUAUAGCUAUUUUGAUAGGUUUUGACUUACCAGGGAAUCUUCAGGUUUACUUUUCUGGGUUUUAUUAUAUUUAGCACAUCCGUUUAUAUCCAUCCAUUUAUAUCCAGCACAUCCGUUAGAACUUGCUACCAAAAGAAAGAAAGGUUGGGGUUGGGGAUUGGGCAUGCCAUUCAUCACAGGAAUUACAUCACACGAGGCUCUUCUGUUAUACAAAGAGACUAUGAACAAUCCGACGAUUUUUUCAAGUCUUGGAGACUUUACGUGUCUUUUGCCACAAGAACUUAACUUGAAUGUUCAAGAGGCAUUAACUAAGGAAUUAGCCAACGAUAUUAAAAAAAAUUAUUUCAGUAAUUCUGAGCCGAAUAUUGAAAAUAUAGAUAUGUAUAUAAAGCUUCUCUCUGAUAAAUUAUUUGUGCAUGCUGCUAUAAGGACAGCACGAUCUCAUGACGGGCCUGUGUAUCUGUAUAGAUUUGCUGUUGACGCCAAAAAUAAUGUUUUUAAGGCUGUUAUGUGCGGAAAUGUUCCAGGUACAUGCCAUGCGGACGAUGUACAAUAUUUGUUUAAACCAAAGCAUGCUAAAUGUUAUGAAAGUGGUACAGUCGAACGGAAUACUUCUGAAUUUCUUGCUUCUGCUUGGACAACUUUUGCAUUAUUGGGUCGACCAUAUGACUCAGAAUUGCAAACUGCACAUUGGCCUCUGUACAGUGAAAACGAAGCAUAUGUAGAUAUUACAAAUAAUUCAGUGGACAUAAAAUAUAUGUUACAAAAAGAUGAUAUUAAUUUUGGGAUGAUUUAUAUUCACGAUCGAAUAAAAUUACGUCACGUUAAGAAGAGCCUUAGUUAUUAUUGA